AUGGCACCAGGCAUCCUAGAGACGGCGGACGUACCCCAACAGUUGGAAAGCCCAAUCAAGCUAUCUGUCUUCCCAGACGGCCUCAAAACAUCCGGACAACACCCUCCCGUGUACUCACAGGUGCGACCUUACGAAGAUUUCCCUGUGAUUCACACUGGGCCCACAGUCUGGAAGGCUGAGGACUAUCGAGAGAACCCAGAACUCUGGACGCACCGUUUCAGUCCAGAGGAGAUCGAGGAAAUUAGCUCUGCCUCGGAUGAAUUCAUACAGAAAGGCACGCCCUUGACCGGUAUUUCGAAGACAAACUUCUUGCUUCCACUUCUUUCCAAGCGACUGGAAGAGCUUCGCAAGGAUCUCAUCGACGGAAAGGGAUUCUUCCUCUUCAGAGGUCUUCCUGUUCGAGAAUGGAACCUGCAGAAAUGUGCCACCGCAUAUAUGGGACUUGGUACCUACUUGGGAUAUUUCGUUAGUCAAAACGGACGGGGCCACGUUCUUGGCCAUGUUAAAGAUCUAGGCGAAGAUCCCACAAAGACUGACAGAGUUCGAAUCUACCGAACUAACGCCCGUCAGUACUUCCAUACCGAUGGAGCUGAUAUUGUCGGGCUUCUUUGCAUUGCAAAGUCAUUGUCUGGAGGGGAGUCCGACAUUGCAUCUACGCACCAUGUGUUUAAUGUGCUCCAGGAAAGACACCCCGAUGUUGCAAAGACCUUGUGCGAGCCAAAUUGGUACUUCGAUCGCAAGGGUGAAGUUUCAGAGGGCGAAGAACACUGGAUCAAAGGCAGCAUCUUCUACCUUGAACAUGAGGACGCUGGUUCGGAGCCCCGGGUAUAUGCAAAGUUUGACCCGAUGAACGUAACAUCACUGGCUCGAUUCAACUCAGGACCAGAUGCACGCAUUCCUCCCCUGUCAGAUGAGCAGAAACAUGCUCUGGAUGUGUUUGAGAAGACCUGCGCCGAGCUAUCACUGCACAUGAUUCUGGCCCCUGGCGACAUUCAAUUCCUGAGCAAUGCGCAGGUUUUCCACGCGCGCACUGCCUACACAGAUCACCCCCCCGGAGCAGUUGAUGAGGAUGGGCACCCUGCUCGCCGGCGGCACCUGAUGCGGCUCUGGCUCGCGGCUCCCGAGUCUGAGGGAGGAUGGAGACUACCCUACCAUGACACACUGGAAAAGAAACGCGGUGGUAUUCAAGUGAAUGAUACACCGCCAGUUUGUCCACUGGAUGCCGAGUAA